CCUUGGACCCCUCAAACCUCCCAAACCGAUGACGGAAAGGCUGAAGACGCAGUCGCCGGCCGACUUCUGGUUCGGGACAACGCUGGGGGAAGGGGCAUAUGCGCGGGUGGUUCAUGCCCGCCUGAAGGCUACAAAUGAGGAAUUCGCGGUGAAGAUCAUGGAGAAGCGGUUUAUCAGCAAGGAAAAGAAAGUCAAAUUCGUCAUGAUGGAGCGCAAAGUUUUCUCGAAAGUAUGCCACGACCGCAUUGUCAAGUUGUCAUUCUCGUUCCAAGAUCUCAAUUACUUGUACAUGGUCAUGGAACUGUGUCGCGGCGGCGAGUUGCUUGACGUGAUUGUAAAAUCGCAAAAAGAGCAAACCGCGCGCGGCGUGCAGAACAAAGCGUGCUCGUUCGAUGUGACACAAUUCUUCAUUGCGGAAGUUGUGGAGGCGUUGGAGUACCUCCACGAAAUGGGCAUCAUCCAUCGGGACAUCAAACCCGAAAACAUUCUCCUGAACGAGGUGGGCCAUAUAAAGAUCACGGAUUUCGGCACGGCCAAGGACGAAACCGAAGAAGGUGCGCGCCAGAAUACAUUUUGCGGCACAGCAGAGUUUGUGUCCCCUGAAGUGCUACGCGACCACGAGGCGUCCCGCGGCUGCGAUUUGUGGGCUGUCGGGUGCAUGAUCUACCAGAUGCUUGUCGGCCGACCAAUUUUCCGUGCCGAGAACGAAUACUUGACCUUCCAACAGAUUUUAAACCACCCUGCCGAAGACUUUGCGUACCCUGAAGGAUUCCCAGAGGUGGCGCAGGACCUGUGCUCGCGCUUGCUCUUGCAAGACCCUAAUCAACGGUUGGGUGCGGGCUCCAACGCCGAUGGCAAUGGCUACGAUGCUCUCAAGAGCCAUCCUUUCUUCACCGGCAUCAACUGGGCGCAGUUGGGACGGUCCAAGUCUCCGUACAUUCCUCAGAUUUCGCAACUUCCGCCCACGGACAGUGACGGCGCUACUGAGGACUGGUUGUUCGCGGGUGUCGCCACGGAACUCAAUAUUUCGUCAGGGCUGAUGGCCGAACCCAUAGUCCAAAUGUAUGACCGACUCUGCAUCGUCUUGUUUAAACAAACCAGCAUCACCCAUCCAUGACAUGGCUCAGGGAAACAACGGCGGCAACAACGACGACAUAUGUCAUGGAACAGGCCCACCCAAACCCUGUGGAAGUGGCGCGCGUCAAGGCGUCCGUGCCCCCUCCGUCCCGCAUGAACUCGCUGUGGAAUCGCUUUUUGCUUGAUGACGAAGUUAUUCGCAUGAGUGGCCUUGUGAGCAAACGCAAGGGCCUGUUCUCCAAGACGCGUCAAUUCAUCCUGACGUCGAAGCCGCGCUUGAUCUACAUAGACGCGAUCCGCAUGCGGCAAAAAGGUGGGGUUCCGCAUUCAUACGGCGAGGAGGUCUCUGACAGGAAUAUGCUGUGGAUGCAGGAGAGAUCCCGUGGUCGGACAACUUGUACAUCACGGUUAAGAACAGCCAACAAUUUGACGUUGUCACGGUACGUUGUCUCUUCGCCUGUGCCCGUAGCCUUUACGGUCGACGAGUGUAGCCCAAUCGAGUGUACCACCUGACGGACCAAGUCAACGGGUCGAAGAAAUGGGCGGACGCGAUAAACGCCGCGCUCGUCCAAAGGAAAUAGAUAGCGUGUAUGACCAGCGUUCAAUACCAGCUACGAAAUGUAUCAUGGACGGCACCGAGGGAGCGCUGCUUCUAUUCACCCAACACCACGAUACCGUCUUCGCCCACUGCGUCUGAACAUGCACAUGGGCAACCUCAUGAGUGCAGUACUUAGCAAGAUACUCGUCGUUGGUGCUUGCGUUGCGAAUUCCACUUCUUCCAUGUCCAUGUGCGUGAAUGAAGCUCCUAUGUGUUAGAGCCAUCGUCAGUUCCUGCAUGUGCGUCUACCUCGGUUCUCCGCCACGAACGUCCUUGCGUGUUCUCAUGACGAGACCAUCAGGGCGACUUGUGGUCGCCAGGAUGUUUCACAUUCGAUGCGUAACACCCGG